UUUUGUGAAAUUUUUGUUUUGUGAAGUUUUCUGGAACUAAGACGAUGCUAACGAUCGAUGUGGCAUUGUUCGCUGGAUUCCUUUUUUGGAUUUUUUACCUAUGGUGUCGCUGCAGGAUGUAUAUGUUAAUGUUAAGGAUACCCGGACCCAUAGGACUACCAAUACUUGGCAGUUCCUUGGAGAAUAUCAUCACUUAUAAACGCAAAUUGAGCUUUCGAACCAAGUAUCUAGACAAGUAUGGCUCGACCAUUUUACUUUGGAUUGGUCCAGUGCCAACUGUGGUGACAAGAGAUCCAAGGAUCGUCGAGGACGCGUUUACGUCCACCGAUUGCCACAACAAAAGCCCGCAUAUCGCUAAUGCGAUAACAAGUUGCUUGGGAUUUGGAUUGUUGGGACUACAAGAUCCCGAGUGGAUUGGCCGUCGAAAGCAACUUAACCCAUCAUUUAAACAUGAUCUUCUGCUCAGCUUCUUUUACAUUUUUGAUGCCGAGACAAAAAUCCUUGAGAACUCGCUGGAUACUUAUGUCGGUCAGGGCGAAAAGCAUGUGGUUCCAGACAUCCUCAGAUGGUCAUUUAGAAUAGCUGCUCAAACCACCAUUGGGUCAGAUGUGAAACAUGAUGAAUACUUUAAAAACAAUAAACUCGUGGAAUGCUUUGAAACGCUCAUAAGUAUGACGACACUAAAUAUUUUGAUGCCUUUGGCUCAAAACAAAAUUAUUUCGAAACUAUGGGGCUACGACAAACAGCGAGCAAACAAUGUUUCAAAAAUCCAUCAAAUGCUGGAUAAUGUGGUUAUGAAAAAGCUAGACUCAACGGUAGAUCCAUCUGAUCCCGAGAUGAACAUUGUAAUUAACCGAACAAUGGAACUAUACCGCAAGGGCGCUAUUAGCUACAAGGAUAUAAAGAGCGAAUGUUGUAUUAUGAUGGCCGCUGGUUAUGAUACAUCAGCCCUGACGGUAUAUCAUACUCUCUUUCUUCUGGCCUCACAUCCCGAGCACCAGGAUGCGGUUUUCGAAGAACUAAUUGAUGUCUUUCCCACUGCCGGAGAUUUUAAAAUAAACUAUUCGGAUAUGCAACAAUUGGUUUACUUGGAGCGAGCGUUGAAGGAGACUCUACGCCUGAUACCAGCCAUUCCAAUAACGGCGAGGGAAGUAAAGAAGGAUGUCCUGCUCUCAAAUGGUGUUCUCAUUCCCAAGGGAGUGGUGAUCGGGAUCGACAUUUUUCACACGCACAGAAACCCGGAUGUCUGGGGGCCAGAAGCAUCAAAAUUUAAUCCAGAUAACUUCCUGCCGGAAAACGUCGAGAAAAGGCACCCAUAUGCCUUUGUUCCCUUUGCGAGAGGAAAGAGGAAUUGCAUAGGGUCGAAAUAUGCAAUGAUGUCUUCAAAGUUUGCUCUGUGCAGAAUACUCAGGAAUUACAGGAUAAAGACAAGUUUUCGUUAUGAGGAUCUAGAGUACGUUGACAAUAUGACCAUGAAGCUCGCUGAAUACCCACGACUGGAAUUUGAAAGACGUGCUUAGGAGUAUAUAUGUACAUUCAAGGGGUUUUUUGGUACCACUCUUACUUCUUUUUUUUUUAUUAUAUUUUAAAUGCUUUUUACUUAAAAAGAAUAAGAACUCAACUAUCUAAACAGUUAGGAAUUGAUUUGAUUUCAUUAUCAUA